GUACGAGGGUGAGUCUCGGAUGACGCUCGAGAUAGAGCGUCUCGGAUAACGCUCAAGAUGGGCGGUGCCUUGAGGCGCUUAAAACGUGGGCCAAGAGAACAAGACACCAUCGCUUCACGUGUGCGCAGACGUCAUCGUGGGGUUACUGGGGUUGCUGGCGUUCCGCAGGUCAGAGACCGGGCGACAAUUGAGCAGAUUUCAGUUUCCAAGGACUCUUUCGGCGAUCAUGCCGACGAGGAGCGGAUUGAGCUUAAUGAUGGGAGCGGUCAUGCACGAAAUGAGACUUUGAGUAUACACGCGACAACUCCAACGGGGUCCUCUGCAGCAAUCUCGGAAUUGCAACAGGGUCCUGCACCAUUGAUGCGUCGUCCCGAAUCCGAGGGAGACACCCGUCAUCUCCCAAUAAUGCAGGACGAGGGUCCUGCUGGUGCAGUGCAUCCACUCGCGUCUAUGGGAGCGACACUCUCAGCUGCAGCGACCUCAGAUGUGGGACGACCACCCGCAGUGGCGGAGCGAGAGAGUAUGCUCCCACCUCGCAGUUUGGGAGCGGCAACGACGGGCUACAGGGAGGGGGUUGCUAUGCAACAAUCAGGCACACACGGAGCCGAUGCAGUCAACACUGUAUCGCUGCCACCGCCUGCAUUGAUGGAGGGGACUGAUGUUGCAUGUCUAGGCGAGGAUCUCCCGGGAUGUGAGAUCUCACACACUCCCGCAGUUGAGCAGAGCACCGCAGACCAUGUCGGCUUGGCAUGCCCCACCGGUAGUCUUCCGGGUACAGGCGAGUUACUGAUCAUGGAGUCGGCGCUCGUUUCUCUCCCAGACUUGUCGACGUUGAUUUCUCCUGGUCUACCACACGUGUCACCGCCCAACACACAACAGCCUGUCGCCAUGGUGCGCGGAGCAGACGCGUUUGACGAGUUCGGAGGCGAUACGAUUAUGGUGAGGCCAAUGGUGUCAGCCACGCCAACAAUUUUUCGUGUUGGCACACCACACGAGGUGGACCUCGGUCUGGCCGAGACGAUGACGCGACACCGCCGUGGAGGUCACCGCAGCACCGCACAACGCAGUCUUUCUGAUUCGUUUGACGGCCCGGAGGAAGCUCCUAUGGGUUGGGCAGCUGACCCAGUCGAAAGACCAGCAACACCCCCACGUCCGCCGUCAUACUCAGAGCAUCAUCCUGAUAGCGCGACUGUCGAGGCAGUUCUGGGCGUCCCCGCCACAGACACCGCGGACGCGACACGACAGUCUAUGGCAGGGUCAUCGACGACAGCACGGCGCGACACCGACACUGUUUUGGCGACAGCGGCAUUCUAUGCCCGUGGGAGCAGUGCUAGAGGGUUGGACGAGCAGGGAGUCCGGAUUGUUGGCAGGCCAUGUGCACCGUCUAUAGGGACACGAUCCAUUGGGACUGUCGAUGGUGCUCGCCACACCGCCAUGAGAGAGUAUGAGGAGCGACACGGGAGUGCUUUGCCGACGAAGACCUCUGAUGUCCAUGCUACGAGGGCCGCGAAGGCGAGUCUUUCUCGGGCGAGGAAGAGGGUCUCGGCAAGGAAGGCGUCACCACAUAUGCUUUCACAUAUUGGGCAAUCCAGCGUUGAGCAUCUCGAGGAUGGAGAGAUUGCACCUGAUGGCGAUGCAUUGGAUGUUGGAGGGAGGGCUGCAACGAUGGCGGACAGCGUCGUCAUGGAGGGUGCAGGGGAUGGAGUGGCAGGUCAAAAGAGACGCGGCGGUGUACUUAUCGUCCACGGUGAUGACACAGAUGUCGCCCCGGGAGAGACCACAAGUACUGAUGAUGCGAGGGACUCCGAUUACGUGCCUACAGGCCCUAGACUAUAGGCGGCGGACGGGGAUGAUGGAGGAGGACGGCGAGUGAGACAGAGGACACGACUCGGGCCACAUGGGGAGCGACCGCAGGGCACAGAAUCGGCAGCGAUUCCUUCCCCCAUUGAUUGGCGAGCUCAGGCGCAGCGCCUGCUGCACAAAAUGGAGGCCACUCUUCAACAGACACAUGGGUCAUCAAUAGGCCGCGGAGAGAGAGAGAGAGAGAGAGAGAGAGAGAGAGAGAGAGAGAGAGAGAGAGAGAGAGAGAGAGAGAGAGAGAGAGAGACGGUUGUAUGGGACCUCUGCAGGCUGUGCUGUUCGAUAAGCAGGCCCGGGCUAUCACUAGGACGGGAGGCCGUUGGCCUAGGCCCGUAGCAUGAGAGCCUAUAGCCGGGCAGGCAAAGCUCAUAGCGAUAUUGCUUCACAUG